AUGAAUGAGAGUGUCAAUGAACGAAGUUCAAUUUCAAGUGAUAUUGGUGAAGUUGAAAUUGUUAAUGAUGAUAUGGAAUUGGAAGAUCAACGUUUUCGUUUUAUUGUUACUUAUCUCAAUAUUGUUUAUGGUACAACACCAAUUGCAUUUAAAAAAGCAAUUAUAAAUAAUGAAAUAAAUCGUAAACUUAUUGAAUCAUUUUUUGAUAAACCUGAUCGUAAUAUAAUACUUAUAUUUGAAAAUUCUGAUUCAUUAAAUCUUCUAACUGAAUUUCCAAUUCAAUUGAAAUCAAAAAUAAUCUGUUUUGUUAAACGAAAUGAAACUAUUAUUGAAAAAGAUAUACCAUUAAAAAAACAAAUAGCUAUUGCAGAAUUUACAUCUUCAUCAAUUACACAAUUAAGUUUAUUUAUAUCUGAAAUUCUUUGGCCAAUAUUACAACGUAGAAAAACAAUAUCCGAUUGGCCUGAUAUUGUUCUUCGGAAUUGUAUAGAAAAUAUAUCUGAAUUAACAAAUUUAUUAACAGUAAUCAAUGGAAUACUUCGAGGUCAAACAAUCUUAUCAAUACCACAUGAAAUUGAAUUUUUAUCAAAAUCAGAUUAUCUUCAUGUACUUAGUCAUAAUAAAACAUUUGAUGGUAGAAAAAUUCGUUUAUUAGAAAAUCUUAUAAUAACUUGGAAAAAUCAAAUUCAAACAGUAAUCAAUUAUGAUCAUGAUCCACCGAACAAUAAAUAUUAUAUAUUACCAAAUGUUGAAAUUGAAUUUUGGACAAAUCGAGCAGAAAAUUUACAAGGAAUUAAAACACAAAUGCAUUCACCAUUAGUUCGACGUCUUGCUGAAGUUCUUGAAAUUUCAAGUUCAAAUUAUUUUUCAAGAUUUCGUAUUAUAUUUCGUGAUAUUAUUCAAGCAUUAGCUGAAGCACAAAAUAUUGCUCUAUAUUUAAAACCACUUGUACCUAUUCUUGAAAUGAUUGAAAAAGUUCAAGAUAUUAAAACAAUUUCAUUAUAUUUUGAUCGAUUAUUUCAUACAUUAGCUUUAGUUUGGGCGAAUUCCAUUUAUAAUACAAAUAUAGGUCGAUUUAUUGGACUUUUACAACAAUGGACAAAUCUUGUUAUUUUAAAAAUUCGUGAUUUACUUCAACCAAAUGAUUUAUUUGUUGAUACAGAUUUUGAUGAACCAAUUCAAUUGAUUAAUUUAUCACUUGAAACAUGUCUUCUAUAUAAAAGAUCGUAUCAACGUCGUAAGGAAUUAUUACCAUCGUAUUUUAAUGAUGAUCGUCAAACACUUUAUUGGGAAAUACCAGAGUCAAAAAUCUUUGAACGAUUUGAUCAUUUUAUUGAUCGACUUAAAAUGCUUAAAGAUAUUUUAGCAACUGCACAAGAAUGUUCUAUAUAUGAAUCGAUUGAAUUAGGUGGUAUUGAUGCUGAUGAAUUACAAAAUAUUUUACAAAAAGUGAUCGGAGAUUUUAAAUCCACCUAUGCUGUAUUUCAUCUAUCGGACGAUAUAACAAAUGAAUCGAAUUUGGAUUUUCUUAAUGCUUAUAAAACAUUUCGUAAAAUUAUUUUUGCUGGUGAUGAACGUAUUGCUAAUAUUCUGCAUCGUUGUCUUCAUCCUUGUUCUAGUCAUAUUAAAACAACUAAUAUUGAUGAUAUUUAUCGAUUACUUCGUAUUUUUGGAUCAACUUUACAAAGAAAUCGACUUAAAAAUGUUAUUAAUGAAUAUACAAAUACUCUUUUGAAUAUAAUUGAAAAUGCAUUGAAUGAAGAUCAAAUAUUAUUUGAUGAAUAUAUCAAAGAUUCAAGUUCAGUAUGGUUAUUAUCUAUGCCAAAAUUAAUUUCUCAUUAUCGAUGGAUUGAACAAUUACGUCAACGUAUUUAUAAUCAAAUAGAACCUUUGAAAACAAUCGAUAUCAAUAUUAAAGAUAAUGAUAUUUAUAAACGAAUACUUGAACAAGAAAAAAAUAUUCAAAUAAAACUUCAUAAUUUUAUUGAAAAUAUAAAUCAACAAUGGAUUAAUUUAUUUCAAAAAGAAAAUUUAUUACAUUUAAAUGAACCACUUCUUAGAAAAGAAAAUGAAUAUUAUAUUGUUAAUAUCAAAUCAGAACUUGCUACAGCUUUGCAUGAAGUUAUGCGUCUUUAUCAAAUACCAAAUUUAAUUCUUUCACCAGAAAUCGAAGAAUUCUAUAAGCAAAUAGAUCGAUUUCAACAACAAUUUAUCGAUCUCGAUUCACCUGAUUUUAUUCGUCGUCUUCGAACAACAAUUAGUGAUUUUGAAGCACGUUUCUUUAAAAGCAAAUCAAAUUUAGAUGAUAUGCAAAGAAUUCUAAAACAUUUUCUUAAAACGGCAUUAUUUUCACGUGGUGAAACUCGACAAGAUCCAUUACUUAUUGUUUAUGAAAAAGAAGAUAGAGUAUUGAAGAGAAAUAAUGAACUCAGAGAUGCUGGUUUACGUUUACAAGAUAUUCUCAAACAAAAUAAAUGGUUAUUAAAAGCUGAUGCUGAUUCAGAUAUAUGGAAAGCAUAUGUUGAUUAUGUUGAUGAAAUAGUUAUAGAAUCACUGUAUGAAAUUAUUGAAUAUAAUCUUAAUUAUCUACUUGAAGAAUCUGAUCCAACACUUAACAAACGUCCACUUUUUGAAGUUCAACUUAUAUUAGAUGAUCUUGAUUUACGUUUUAAUCCAACUCUUGAAUUUGGUAGUGCUAAUGGUCUUUAUGAUAUAGUUGAUACAUUAAUAGGUAAUAUUUUUCGACAAGCUGCUAUGCUUCCUCGUCUUGCUGAACAUUCUGGACAAAAACAUUAUCAAAAUGAUCUUGAAGAAAUGAAAGAAUUAAAUGAUCGUCGAUUAAAAAUUAUGGAACGACUACGUGACACAAUGAAAGAAGCUAAUGAUUGGAAAGAAGAAGUGGAAGAUUAUUCUUAUUUAUGGCUUGAUGAUAGAAAAGAACAUAUGAGACAAUUUCUUCUCUAUGGUCGUUCACUUGAAGAUUAUGAAUUAGAAAAUCGUGAACAUGUUAAAGAAACACCACCAAGUUUAAUACAAUUUCAAAAUCAAAUCGAUUUAUUUCAAUCAAUAUAUAAUGAUAUUGAUAGUUGGGAUCAAACUUUUCUUUUUAAUAGUUGGUUAAGAGUUGAUGCUCGACCUAUUAAACGACAAUUACUUACACUUGUUAACAAAUGGAUUAAUUUAUAUAAAAAUUAUUUAAUUGAUCAUGUUACUGUUUCAUUAAAUGAAUUAGAAUUAUUUAUAAAACAUGCAACAGAUAUGUUACAACGUCAAGUUAAAUCUGAUGAUUUAAAAGGUUUAAUCGAAAUGAUGACAUUUUUAAGUCAAGUACGUGCUCGACAAGAAUAUACAGAUGAUAUGGCUGAACCAAUUAAAGAUAUUAUUGAAUUACUUAAAUCAUACGCAUAUGAAGUACCACAAUCAAUUUAUGCAAUGCUUGAUGAAUUACCUGAAAAAUGGAUUAUUAUUAAAAAAAUGGCUAUAAAAAUGAAACAACAUAUUGCACCAUUACAAGCAAAUCAAAUUGUAAAUAUUCGUAAUCAAAUUAUUGAUAUGGAAAAGAAACAACACGAACUUCGAGAAAGAUUUUUAAGAGAUGCACCAUUUAAAUAUGAUACAAAAGAACCUUAUGUUGAACUUGAUAAUUGGGCAUUACAAUUACGUAAAUUCGAUCAAGAAGUUCAACAAUUAACUGAUCUUGCUAGUAUAUUUGAUAUCAAUAUUCCUGAAUAUAAAACUGUAAAAUUAUGUCGUAAAGAAAUGCGUCCAUUAAAACAAUUAUGGGAUUUAAUUUAUUUAAUUCGUUCACGUAUUGAUGAAUGGACAAAAACUCCAUGGAAACAAGUGAAUAUUGAAUUAAUUGAUCAAGAAUUACGACAAACAUAUUUAAAUAAAGAGCUACGUUUACUUGCUAAAGAAUGUAAUCAAUGGAAUGCUUAUCAUGGAAUUGAAAAAGAUGUUAAAAAUCUUAUUGCAUCAUUACGUUCUGUUGGAGAAUUUCGUAAUAAUGCAAUAAGAUCACGUCAUUGGGAAGAAUUAAUGAAAGAAACAGGGGUUCAAAUUCAUAUGACAAAUGAAACAAGUCUACAAGAUUUACUUGUUCUUAAUCUACAUAAAUAUGAAGAAGAGGUUAAAAAUAUUGUUGAUAAAGCAGACAAAGAACAAGGAAUGGAAAAAAUUUUACACGAUCUUGAAAAUACUUGGUCAAAUAUGAAUUUUCAUAUUGAAAAACAUCCGCGUACAAAUGUAACACUUGUUACAAUUGAUGAUGAUAUACUUGUUGCAUUAGAUGAACAUCAAACACAAUUACAAACAUUACUUUCAUCAAAAUUUAUUUCACAUUUUAUUGAUAAUGUUAUUGCAUGGAAAAGUCAAAUGUCAACAGCUGAUAUGGUUUUACAAUUAUUAACUGAUGUACAACGUACAUGGUCGAAUUUAGAAGCAAUUUUUAUUGGUACUGAUGAUAUUCGAAUACAAUUACCUGAAGAAACCGAAGCUUUUCAUAGAAUUGAUAAAGAAUUUAAAAUAAUAGCAAAAGAAAAUGAAGCUGAUUUAAAUUUUAUUCGUUGUACAAAUCGUCCAGGUUUAUAUGAUCAAUUAGAAAAAAUGAAGGAUAAUUUACAAAUAUGUCAAAAAGCAUUAGAAGAUUAUUUAGAAAUCAAAAGGCUUGCCUUUCCACGAUUUUUCUUUGUAUCUGGUUCGGAAUUACUUGAAUUUUUAUCGAAUGGAAAUGAACCAGAAAAAGUUAUGAGAUUAUUAAAAAAAGUAUUUGAUAGUUUAAAUAAAUUAGACUUACGUGAAGAUACAAAUGGAAAUAAACUAAAAAUGGCAUAUGCUAUGUAUUCGGAUGAUGGUGAACGUGUGAAAUUUUUUAAUGAUUGUAAUCUUGAAGGAGCAGUAGAAAUUUGGUUAUCACGUUUAUUAGAUUUUCAUUGUGAAACAAUCAGAAAUUGGCUAAGAGUAGCUGUAACUACUUUUGAAGAUAAACCUCGAGAAGAAUGGAUCUUCGAUUAUCCAGCUCAAAUUAUUCUUACUGCAAGUCAAAUAUGGUGGACAACAGAUGUAAAUGGAACAUUUGCUCGAAUGGAAGAAGGCUUUUCAAAUGCAUUACGUGAAUAUAACAAAAAACAAAUAUUACAACUUAAUACUCUUAUUAAUUUAUUAUUGGGUUAUUUAAAUGAUCAAGAUCGUGAAAAAAUAACAACACUAUGUCUUAUUGACCUUCAUGCACGUGAUGUUAUUUCAAAAAUGCUUAAUCUUAAAAUUGAAAAUAGUAAUGAAUUUACUUGGCAAUCACAAUUAAGACAUAGAUGGGAUCCAAAAGAUAAUAAUUGCUAUGCAAAUAUAUGUGAUGCUAAAUUUAAAUAUCAAUAUGAAUAUUUGGGCAAUAAAAGUCGAUUGGUAAUUACACCAUUAACCGAUAGAUGCUAUAUAACGUUGACGCAAUCAUUACAUUUAUUUGUUGGUGGAGCCCCAGCUGGUCCGGCUGGAACUGGAAAAACGGAAACAACUAAAGAUCUUGGUCGAUCAUUAGGUGUAUGUGUUUUUGUUACAAAUUGUUCUGAACAAAUUGAUUAUAAAUCUAUUGGUAAUACAUUUAAAGGAUUAGCAAUGAGUGGUUGUUGGGGAUGUUUCGAUGAAUUUAAUCGUAUAUCAAUUGCAGUUUUAUCUGUUGUUGCCGUACAAGUUAAACUUAUUUUUGAUGCAUUAAGAGCUAAACGUAAAUUAUUUAAUUUUAUGAAUACAGAAAUAAAACUUCAUCCAUCUGUCGGUAUUUUUAUAACAAUGAAUCCUGGCUAUGCUGGACGAACAGAAUUACCAGAAAAUUUAAAAGCAUUAUUUCGACCAUGUGCAAUGGUUGUACCAGAUUUUGAAUUAAUUGCUGAAUUAAAUCUAGUAUCAGCUGGAUUUACAGAUGCACGAUUAUUAAGCAGAAAAUUUGUUACAUUAUAUACAUUAUGUCAUAAUUUAUUAUCCAAACAAGAACAUUAUGAUUGGGGUUUACGUGCAAUUAAAUCAGUACUUGUUGUAGCUGGAACAUUAAGACGAUCGGAUCCUAAUAUGAGUGAAGAUAAAGUACUUAUGAGAGCAUUACGUGAUUUUAAUAUACCAAAAAUAACUAUAGAAGAUAUGCCAGUUUUUCUUAAUCUUAUUGGAGAUCUAUUUCCAGCAUUAGAUGUUGAACGAAAAAGAGAUCAAGAUUUUGAAAAUAAAGUUCGAAUAGCUGCUCUCGAUCUUCAUUUACAAGCUGAAGAAGCAAGUCCAACUGUACAAAAUAAUUUUGUACUUAAAGUUGUUCAAUUAAAAGAAAUAUUUGAUGUACGACAUUCUGUUUUUAUUAUUGGAAAUGCUGGAACAGGUAAAACACAAAUAUGGAAAACAUUAUUUAAAACUUAUCAAAAUAUGAAACGUCGACCACAUGCUAUUGAUCUUGAUCCAAAAGCUGUUACUAAUGAUGAAUUAUUUGGCUAUAUGCAUCGACAAACACAUGAAUGGAAAGAUGGUCUAUUUUCAACUAUUAUGCGAGAUUUAGCUAAUAUGACAUCAGAUUCACCUAAAUGGAUUGUACUUGAUGGUGAUAUUGAUCCAAUGUGGAUUGAAUCAUUAAAUACAGUUAUGGAUGAUAAUAAAGUACUUACAUUAGCUAGUAAUGAACGAAUUCCACUUAAUGAAACCAUGCGUUUAUUAUUUGAAAUAAGUCAUUUAAAAACAGCUACACCAGCAACUGUUUCUCGUGCAGGAAUUUUAUAUGUAUCAACAAAUGAUAUUGGAUAUUCACCUGUUUAUGUUAGUUGGGUUGAACAACGUGAAUCAAAUAGUGAACGUAAUCAAUUAUUAUUAUUAUUUGAUAAAUAUAUACCACGUUGUUUGGAAUUACUUAAAAGUGGACGUGUAAAAACGAUUACACCAUUAGUUGAUGUUUGUCAUAUAGAAAUGUUAUGUAAUAUUCUUGAUUGUUUGUUAACACCACAAAAUUUACCAGCAGAUUGUCCAAAAGAAUGGUGGGAAUUAUAUUUUGUUUGGGCAACUAUAUGGGCUAUUGGUGGUUCACUUUUUCAAGAUCAAAUGAUUGAUUAUCGAAUUGAAUUUUCUAAAUGGUUUAUUCAUGAAUUUAAAAGUAUUAAAUUUCCACCUCAUGGGACUGUAUUUGAUUAUUCAAUUGAACCACAAUCAAAACGAUUUGAACCAUGGUCAAAACUUGUUGAUGAAAUUAAUUUUGAUCCUGAAUUACCAGUUCAAUCACAACUGAUACCUACAAAUGAAACAGUUCGUUUAUCAUUUUGGCUUGAAGCACUUACGAAAAAAGGUGUUUCAGUAAUGUUUAUUGGUUCAGCUGGUACGGGUAAAAGUGUUAUAAUUAAAAAUCGAUUAGAAAAAUUUAAUUCACAAAAUUUUAUGGUUUCAACAAUUCCACUCAAUUAUUAUACAACAAGUGAAAUGUUACAAAAUUCGCUUGAAAAGCCUUUAGAAAAAAAAUCUGGUCGAACAUAUGGAGCACCAGGAAAUCGACAAUUGAUUUAUUUUAUUGAUGAUUUCAAUAUGCCUGAACGUGAUAAAUAUUUUACUGUACAAGCUCAUACAAUUGUUCGUGAAUAUCUUGAUUAUCAACAUUGGUAUGAUCGACAAAAAUUUACACUUAAAGAAAUUCGAAAUUGUCAAUUUGUUGUUGCAAUGAAUCAAAAUGCAGGCACAUUUACUAUUGAUGCUCGUCUUCAACGACAUUUUGCAACAUUUGCGGUUCCUUUAUCAAAUAAAAAUACUCUUCACACAAUUUAUUCAAAAAUGCUUGAAACAAAAUUUUCAAAUAUAAAUAAAAUUGAUUUAAAAACACAGACCAGUUUUUUAAAUCAAUUUAUUACAGUUGUUAUACAAUUUCAUCAACGUGUUUCAAGUAUAUUUUUACCUACAGCAAUUAAAUUUCAUUAUUUCUUUAAUUUACGUGAUUUAUCGAAUAUUGUUCAGGGCAUGUUAUUAGCUUCAUCAAAAAAUAUUUUAACUCCACAAGAUGUCAUACGUUUAUAUAUACAUGAAGCUGAAAGAACUUAUUCAGAUAAACUUAUUAAUCAAGAUGAUAUUGAAUUAUUUAAUAAAAUUUUACGUGAAACUAUACGAAAAAGUUUUGAAUUUGUCAAUGAUGAAACAUUUAUUCGACCACUUAUUUAUUCACAUUUUUCUGGUGGAAUUAGUGAUGGACAAUAUACAGCUGUAUCAUCAAUGGAUAAAUUACAACAUGUGAUUGAAGAUGCAUUAGCAUCAUAUAAUGAAACAAAUCCUUCGAUGAAUUUAGUAUUAUUUGAAGAUGCUCUUAUUCAUAUUGCACGUAUUAAUCGUAUACUUGAAUCACCACGUGGCAAUGCAUUGUUAAUUGGUGUCGGUGGUAGUGGAAAACAAUCUUUGGCUCGUUUAGCAGCUUUUGUAUCAUCAUUUGAUGUUUUUCAAAUAACAAUUAAACCAAAUUAUGGAAUAAAUGAUUUAAAAGCUGAUCUAAAUAAUCUCUAUCGUCGUGCUGCUUUAAAAGGUCUUCCAUGUGUAUUUCUAUUAUCCGAUGCACAAAUAACAGAUGAAAAUUUUCUUGUUUAUAUAAAUGAUUAUUUAUCAUCAGGUGAAAUAUUUGGUUUAUUUACUGAUGAUGAAAUUGAAGAAAUUCUUAAUUCUCUACGAUCUGAAGCUAAAUCACAAGGUUAUAGUGAAUCAAAAGAAAAUAUAUGGAAAUAUUUUAUUGAUAAAGUACGACGAAAUCUUAAGAUAGUGAUGUGUUUUUCACCUGUUGGAAAUACAUUACGUACACGUGCACGUCGUUUUCCAGCAUUAUUUAGUGGAACAAUUAUUGAUUGGUUUCAUUCAUGGCCAAGAGAUGCACUUUAUUCAGUUGUUGUUCGUUUUCUUGAUGAUAAUAAAUUAUUAUCUAAUGAAAUACGUCAUGCUAUAGCUAAUUUUAUGGCUGAUAUACAUAUGGAUGUAAAUCAAACAUCAAUACAAUAUUUUACAAAUGAAAGACGAUCUUAUUAUACAACAUCGAAAACAUUUCUUGAAUAUAUAAAAUUUUUUCAGCAUAUUUAUGAAAAUAAACAAAUGAAAAUUGAACUUGAAAUUGUUCGAAUUUUAUCUGGAUUAGAAAAACUUGAUUCAAUAUCUGCACAAACUGCUAUUUUACAAGAAGAUUUAAAAAUUACAACAGAUGAAGUGAAUACAAAAGCAGAAAAAGCAGAAAUUGCAUUGAAAAUAGUUACAGCUGAAGCUGAUAAAGUUGCAAAAGAAAAAUCAUUUGCUGAUGAGGAACGUCGAAAAAUUGAAACAAAAAAAGCAGCUGUUGAAAAAGUACAAGCUGCAUGUGCAAUGGAAUUAGCUAAAGCUGAACCUGUACUCGAAGCAGCAAGAUUAGCACUUGAGAAUAUUGAAAAAGGACAAUUAACUGAAUUGAAAUCUUUUGCAUCACCCCCAGAAACUGUUAAAUUUGUAAUGAAUAUGGUUGUUGUACUUUUUAAAUGGGUUGAUGAAAAUCGAAUUAUUCCUGAAAGUCAACGUACAUGGACAGAAGCAAAAAAUACAAUUGGACCAGUAGAGAAAUUUUUACAACGUCUCAGAAAUUUUCAAGUUGCUAAAGUUACUCCUCAAGUGAGAGCUAUCAUUGAUAAACUUAAUGUAACAUUAAUGAAAAUAAGUAAAACAGAUAGUAUCGAAAGUUUAAUUCAACAAAUUACAGUUAAAUCAGCUGCAGCUGGUGGCAUUUAUACAUGGCUUGAUAAUACUCUUAAAUUUCAUACUGUUUAUUUGGAAGUCCAACCAAAACAAAUAGCCUUAGAUGUUGCUAAUGAAGAAUUAAGUCGAGCACAACAAGCUUUUUCAAAAAUUCUUGCACGUGUACAAAUACUUGAAGAUUGUCUAACUGAAGAAAAUCUUAAAAUGCAACGAGCUCUUGCUGAAAAAGAUGAUGCUGUUAGAACAAAAGAACGAUUAGCACGUCAAAUUGAUUUAGCUGAACGUCUUGUUGAUGGUCUUGCUUCAAGUCGAAUUAUAUGGACAAAACGUGUUGAAACAUUUAAAAAUGAUUUAGAAACUUUAUUAGGUGAUGUUUUAUUAGCAUCAACAUUUAUUUCAUAUACUGGAUAUUUUUCAAGAAGUUAUCGAAUUAAUUUUGUUAAUAAAUGGAGAUCAGCUAUUGCAACUACUAAAGGUGUCAUACCAAUGCGAGUUGAUCUUCAACCAUUAUCAAUAAUGAUCGAUGAUGCUGACAUUGCAGAAUGGAUGAAUCAAGGUCUUCCAGCUGAUCAAACAUCAUAUGAAAAUGCUGCUAUUCUUAUUUAUUGUUUACGAUGGCCGUUAAUGGUCGAUCCUCAAGGACAAGGACUUCGUUGGAUUAAAAAUCUUUUUACUGAUAAAUUAGUUACACUUCGUUAUAAUAGUAAAGGUUAUCUUGAUCGUGUUGAAGCAGCUGUUCGUCGAGGUGAUACUCUUUUACUUGAAUGUGUUGAAGAAAAUAUUGAUUCUAUAUUGGAACCAAUUAUUAAUCGAAAUUUAAUUCGUAAAGGAAAAAUAGUUAAAUUUGGAGAUAAAGAAAUUGAUUAUCAUCCUAAUUUUCGUUUAAUAAUGCAAACACGUUUAGCUAAUCCACAUUUUCGACCUGAAAUUCAAGCACAAACAACAUUAAUUAAUUUUAGUACAACACGAGAUGGUCUUGAAGCACAAUUAUUAGCUGAAAUUGUUGCUGUUGAAAGACCUGAUUUAGAAAAGAGUAAAUUUGAAGUAACAAAACAACAAAAUGAAUAUAAAAUAAAUUUAAAAAAAUUAGAAGAUUCAUUAUUAGCACGUUUAGCAACAGCUGAAGGAAAUUUUAUACAAAAUGUUGAACUUGUUGUUACACUUGAACGUACUGUUAAUACAUCAUUAGAAAUUGAACAAAAAAAAAUCGAAGCUGAAAAAUUUAGUCAACAAAUUGAUCGAACAAGAGAAUUAUAUCGACCAACAGCUAUUCGUGCAUGUAUUAUUUAUUUUAUUAUCAAUGAUUUAUCUAAAAUUCAUCCGAUGUAUCAAUUUUCUUUGAAAGCAUUUCGAUCAGUUUUUCUUAAAGCUAUUGAUUAUGCUGAACAAAGUGAAGAUUUACGUAUUCGAAUAGAUAAUCUUAUUGAUGCUAUUACAUUUGCUUCAUAUUCAUAUAUUGUUCGAGGUCUUUUUGAAGAACAUAAACUUAUUUUUACUAUACAAUUAUUAUUACAGAUCUUAACAGAAAAGGGUGAAAUCGACAUGGUUGAACUUGAUUUAUUAUUACGAAAUCCUCAAGAAGCACAUGCCGGAAGUCCUGUGGAAUUUCUUAAUGAAAAAGCUUGGGGCAGUAUAAAAGCUUUAUCAUUACUACAGAUUUUUCAUGGACUUGAUCGUGAUAUUGAAACAUCGAGUAAACGAUGGAAAAAAUAUGUUGAAAGUGAAGCACCUGAAUUAGAAAAACCUCCAGGAGAAUGGAAAAGUAAAUCAACAAUGCAACAUUUAUGUAUUCUUCGUGCUGUUCGACCUGAUCGAAUGCUUUAUGCAUUAAAAUUAUUUAUUGCUGAAAAACUUGGUAAAAAAUAUAUUGAAAGUCGUACACCAGAUUUUGCUCGUACUUAUGAAGAAUCAUCGAAAUCAAUACCAAUGUUUUUUAUUCUUUCACCUGGUGUUGAUCCAUUAAAAGAAGUUGAAACAUUAGGCAAAAAAUUAGGUUAUACAUCACAAGCAGGAAAAUUUUAUAAUAUUUCAUUGGGACAAGGUCAAGAAAUAGUAGCUGAAAAUGCAUUAGAAAUAUCAGCGAAAGAAGGUCAUUGGAUUGUCUUACAAAAUAUUCAUUUAGUACGACAUUGGUUGCCAAUAUUAGAAAGAAAAUUAGAACGAAUAUUAGAAACUGGACAGGAAAAUUUUCGACUUUUUAUGUCAGCCGAACCAAGUGCAGAUUUUAGUACACAUGUUAUACCACAAGGAAUUUUAGAAAAUUCCAUUAAAAUUACUAACGAAUCACAUACAGGUAAGAAUUUAGGAAUUAUUUCGCCAGUCGUUUGUGUUCUCGAAGAUUAUACGGGUUUACAUGGAUGUCAUACAAUGCUAAAUAUUGAUACAGGUUGGUUUGAAUAUCAGCAUCGUAAUAAGAUUUGUGAAUUUAUCCGACAAUUGUCCUUUAUUCGUAUGUAUGUUGUGGGAAAUGAACGAAUUAUUGAGGAUGAUUGGAGUAAACGAAUGGUCACGCAAGAAAAAGACACUGCUCACGAACAUGAACCCAGUUUUGACAACCGAUGCGUCUUUAUUCAAAACGAAGAUAUUACAGAUGACAUUAAAUAUAAUUUUUCUCGUAUGUUCGCGACUGGCUGGCAACAGACGAAUAUAAUACCAAUUCCAUUGUCUUCACUUAAAGACAACUUCAAUUUCCAAAUAGCUCUUUUUGAAGCAGAACGAUGUUAUGAGAAUCGUGCAAUUCGUGUUACUGGUGAAUUUCGCACCUGGAUCAAGGAGCAGCUGCAAAAUAACAGAAACGAGGAGAUCAAAAUGAUCAAAGAGGUUGAAGAAGUUCCUUGUGAAAAUACAAAUGAUCGUCCAGAAAUCAGUCGUCUAAUAUUGACUGGCGUGUGGAGACAUCGAUUACGGUCGGAACAACAAAAUUUACAUGAUAUGCAAGAAUUGACUUUGGAUGACAGAGACAUGUCUACAUCGGGACAGAAUGAUUUACAACAAGAACAUUCCACUCCUGUGCUUCGAGUGGUGGUUAGUCCGCUACAAGCAUUACCACCUGGUUAA